AUGUAAUCCAAUGAUUCAAAUAAAAGGAGAUUGCUUUUGCGUUCUCUUGCAAGUGAAGAACCACAGAAAAUGUAAAAUAUGUAAUAGAAAUCCUUUCUAUUUUCAGAUCAGCCAAUGGAUCUUUAGUCCUUAGUCAGUUUCGUCUUAAUUCUAAAGGUCUUACUUUCACCAAAAGUAUAUUAUGUUUUGAUAUUAAAAUAGACAUUACUUAUAUGGAAUCAUAACACUUUAAGGAUCUUAAAUUAGAAGAUUUUGAAAUUGUCUGUAAAUUAGGUUAAGGAAAUUAUGGUAGUGUUGAGAAAGUACUUCACAAACCUACUCAAGAUUAUUAUGCUUUGAAAGUAUCUUCAUCAUAUCUUAUCUACAUAGAAAAUACAUUAUGUUAGUAAUGAUGUAUAAGAGUCAUUAUUGAAGAAAGAAUUAAAGGCACUUAUUGAUUGCAAUUCAUAAUAUGUUGUAUAAUGUUAUGGAGCAUUUUAUUCAAAAGGAGAAAUCUAUAUAGUAAUGGAGUAUAUGGAUAUGGGAUCUUUGUAGAUUAUUAUAGAAAAAACUAAAAAAAUACCAGAAUCCAUAACUAUGUUGAUAAUAAAAGAAGUACUUUAAGGUUUAGAUUAUUUGCAUACAAACAAACAUAUAAUACAUAGAGAUAUUAAACCUCAUAAUAUAUUAAUUAAUAAAAAGGGAGAAGUUAAAAUUGGAGAUUUUGGAAUUUGUUCUGUUAGUGAAAAUUCAGAUUAGAAAUUUGAUACAUUUAUUGGUACUAUUUAAUAUAUGUCUCCUGAAAGAUUAAAUGGAGAAGAAUAUGGUUAUGAUUGUGAUAUUUGGAGUGUAGGAAUGAUGACUAUGUAAUGUAUUACAGGUCUUUUACCAUAUGAAUUUAAUGCAAAAUAAAUGAGUAUGAUAGAAUACAUUUAAAUGAGUAAGAAUUUUAAAAUUGAUGAUUAUUUCUAAUAACAUAAACAUACAAUCUCAGAAAACACUAUUUAAUUUAUAUCUAAAUGGUAAUUUCAUUAUUUUCAUUAUCUUUAAUAGUCUACAAUAAGAACCAAAAGAUAGAACUAAAGCUUAAGAAUUGUUAUAAACUAAAGCAAUCAAAUAUACAUAAUCUCUCAAAAUUGAUGUCUUUAAAUAAUGGUUAUAAUUGUCUAUAGAGGAAAUUUGA